UCUUCCGUCCAAAGCUGGACUGCUGACAAGCCAUUUCAAGAAAAUAUACACGACAACAUCUAUAUUUGUCUACUUCCUAGUUAAGGGAGGGAGAGAGAGAGAGAGAAUGGCGAAGAUACCGGCGGCGAGGUUGACAAGAUUUUCAGCGGCUUUCGAGGAAUUAGAAGCUCGGGCUCGGCUGAGCGAGAGCAGCGGAAGCGAGCACUCAGCAGCAGAGGAGGAGAGUUCCGGUGACCUGUCGGAGCUAGUGGACUUGUUUUCGGAGAGAGAUUGUGGAGUUGAAGGAGAGAGUUGUGGAGGUGGAGAGGGCGAGAAAGAGAGGAGUUGCAGGGAACCGGAAAUGUAUGGCGAGGAAUCCGAGACGAAGCGGAUGUUGAAGAGUUUGAUCGAACACAUGGAGGAGGAGGAGGAUGGCGGCGUGAGGCGAGUGAUCAGUGCUGAGGUCGAGUCGGCAUGGCGAAGCUUGGGGAGUGUCGGUGGUUCGUCGGACGAGAUUAAGCGUCGCGUGAUGAGUCUGUUGCGCCUCAAAGGUUUAGAUGCAGGUCUCUGCAAAUCCCGGUGGGACCGAACCACCCAGACCCCGGCCGGUGAACAUGAAUACAUGGACAUCGUCAUCGCUGGAACUCGCUACAUCAUCGACACAUGUCCAGCCGCUCAAUACACAAUCGCUCGACCAACUGACCACUAUGCGUCGAUGCUACAACUCUUCCCUCAGGUUCUUGUUUGCAAAGGAGUCGAGCUCAAAAAGUUGGUGAGGUUAAUGUGCACCGCGAUGAGACAGUCCUUGAAGAAGAAGGAAAUGCAUGUGCCGCCGUGGAGGACGAACGCCUACAUGCAGGCCAAGUGGUUCGGAUCGUAUAAGCGAACUACGAACGGUGUUCCUGCGACGAAUGUAGCAUCUCGUGGUGGCUGUUUGGCCAGAAAAAGUUGGGUUGGGUUUAGGACGUCGCAGAUUCUUCUAACUAGUCAGCAUGUGUGUUUGUAGAGGUGAGGUUGGGUUGGGUUGGGUAUAGGUGACGGGAACUUGAAUGCUGCCUUGGAAGGCAUGCACUUGUAAAUCUGUUGUCCUUUCGCUUGUGGAUGAUACUAAUGUAGGGACCCAAGAGAAGAACGGCAGUUCGGCACUGCCGCCAAGCACCUUCGCUUGGCAACAUCUCCCAAUCCGUCCCUAAUGUAGUGAGCCGCUAAGUUGUCUCUUUUUUUGUUGUGAGAAAUAACAAAUCAACGUAUGAAAACCUAAA